CCGACCAGACACCCCAAGCCACCGGUUGCACUGCGCCGCGCGCCGCCCGUCAGACGGAGCUCCUCCCGGGUCGUGUCGUCGCGUGUGACCGCUCGGAUCUCCCGCGGCCCGCCGCUCUCUCUCUGGCCGCCAACGAGCCGCUGAGCCCCGGCUGCUGCCAGCCGGAACAUGGCCAUCAAUAGAGCCGCCGUGGCGGUGGGCUUCAUGGUGUCCGGGGUGCUGAUGGUCUUCUUCGGCACGGUGCUCACGUUUGUGCGUCCGAUCAUCAUCGACGACCAGGUGGUGAAGAACACGGUGAUCGACCCAAACAACCAGAUGACCUACCCCAUGUGGAAGGACGUCCCGGUGCCCUUCUACAUGUCCGUCUACUUCUUCAACGUCCUGAACCCCCAGGAGGUCCUGGCCGGGGAGAAGCCCCACGUGGAGCAGAGGGGGCCCUUCGUCUACAGGAAGUUCAUCCAGAAGGAGAACGUGACGUUCCACGCCAACGGGACGGUUUCCUACCUGGAGUACCGCCGCUUCUUCUUCGAGCCCACCAUGUCGUCAGGGAACGAGUCCGAGGUCGUCACCAUCCCCAACAUGCUGGUGCUGGGCGCGGCCAUCAUGAUGGAGAACCUCCCCUUCGCCGUGCGCCUGAUGAUCAGCGCGACCUUCAAGACCUUCAAUGAGGGUCCGUUCCUCACCAAGACAGUGGGCGAGCUCAUGUGGGGCUACGACAGCGGCCUGGUGGACUUCCUCAACAAGUACCUGCCGGGCAUGCUACCCUCCACGGGCAAGUUCGGCCUCUUCGCCGAGUUCAACAACUCCAACACCGGGCUCUUCACCAUCCACACCGGGCGGGACGACAUCCGGAAGGUGCAUAUGGUCGACUCGUGGAACGGCCUCACCAAGCUCAGCAACUGGAAGUCUCCUCAGUGCAACAUGAUCAACGGCACCGCCGGCCAGAUGUGGCCCCCCUUCAUGAGCCGGGAGAGCACGCUGCCCUUCUACAGCCCGGACGCCUGCCGGUCCCUGGAGCUGGUGUACCAGCGUGACGGGGUGAUGAAGGGUAUUCCUCUGUUCCGCUUCGUGGCCCCGACGACGAUGUUCGCCAACGGGUUGGACUACCCGCCCAACGAGGGGUUCUGCCCCUGCCGCCAGUCGGGCCUGCUGAACGUCAGCAGCUGCCGGCACAACUCUCCGGUCUUCAUCUCUCAUCCUCACUUCUACAACGCCGACCCGGUGCUGCUGGACUUCGUGCUCGGCCUGAAACCCACAGAGGAGGAGCACGGGCUGUUCAUCGACAUCCACCCACUCACCGGCAUCCCACUGAACGUGUCCAUCCGCCUGCAGCUCAACCUCUUCAUGAAGAGAGUGUCGGCCAUCACGGAAACUGGAAAGAUCUCCGAGGUGGUGAUGCCGAUCAUCUGGUUUGAGGAAAGCGGCUCCAUCGACGGGCCCAUCCUCUCCACCUUCUACACCAACCUGGUGGUGCUGCCGGCCGUCAUGGAGUACAUGCAGUACGGCUUCAUUGCCCUCGGCGUGGCCAUCGUCAUCAUCGCCGCCCUGGUGCACCACGGAGUCAAGGUCUCCAAUAAAGAACGAAUAAACAGCGCUCAUGAGACGAAGGAGAAAAGUAUCGGGAAUAACUAAAAGAGAAAUAUCUGAAGACGACGGAAACACAAACAUCUUCUGGACCCUCGACUGACACACACACACACACACACACACUCUGGUGUCGUGGACCGACCCGAGUAAAGACACGUUUGACAGUUCUUCUCUCGACUUGUCGGGUUUGGGCGGUUUCACUCGUCUUUUAUAUUUUUACUCUGAAGCCUCGCACGGGUCAGAACACACUUCCUGUCCUGUAAACCUUUCACAAUAAAAACCCCGGUUGGUUCAGCUGCAGAUUCCCGGCAGUAUUAGUCGACUUGUUUUAAAAACAAGGAGCCGCUAACGAAGGUCUGCUAACUUGUUGAACUAAUUUUUUUACAAAUCCUUCAGCAUAAAAGCUCGAGGGAGGAAGAUGACGGAGACCUUUAUUUUGACAACCUUCCUGCGUUGAGAGACGAGCUCAACGCGACGCCUUGAAGACUCUUUUCGUGUCUUAUUUGUACAAAGAACCGAAAGCCUUCCAGCUCCUCGGUGCUCGUGUUUAGAGGCGGACGAGCCGCUCUGCUGCCGACGUGCCUUCGAGCAGGACGCUCCGGUCCUCCGUGUUGAAAUGGAGACGAAUGAUGCCGUCGCCGUCUAAAUGCCUCCUUUUUAUUCUGUUUGUACAACAAAGUGAAGGAAUGAAUGCAGAGAGACGUGGCGCGAAUAAACGUUCUUCUGAAAUCUAA